AUGGACUCUCGUGACGUUAUUGGGGGGAGUGAUGCCCCCCUGAGGAAAUUCCACUGGAACUUUGUUGUCGACGAGGAAGAAGAAUGGCGUGCCUGCUCUGAUUAUCUCCUUGAACUCUUUCGGGAGGAUUUAAAACGCAAGAGACAUAUGGAGGAGGAGGAAGGAGAAGAGAAGAAGAAGGAGAAGAAGAAGCCAAGACUGUUCUUCCGGAGAUGGUCGGCGCCAUUGGCGCCUGUCCUUUCUGCUGUCCCUGCUGUUGCUGCCCCUGUCACCACAAUAUCGCGAACCUAG